AUGCUUUCAGGAGAUAUUGAAUUGAGCAGUGUCACUUCAAAGCCUGGAUACCUGGCUGACUGGAAAUUUGAUGAUAGCAGGUUUAAUACCUACUCUGCUUCUGCUGGCUUUGUUUCAUUUCUUGUUGUAUUCUUGGACUUGUUUCUUGGCUUUUUCUUGCUCCCUACUGCAAUUGAUCAAUCCGACAAAUCCGACAAAUUUGAUCGAUCUGUUGCAGUUGAUCAAUAUGUCAAUCCUACCAGCCCCAUGGAUCAAUCUGUCAAUCCUACCAGCCCCUUUAUCUGUACCCUGGGGAGAAUCCUGGUCUUUCUCUCAUCUCUCAGCUGUAAGCUUUCAAAGAUUUCUCUGAAGUACAGAGAAAUGGUACAUGUAAUAUGCUUCUUGAAAGGGUUAAACGACACAUACAAUAUUGUUAGAACCCAAAUACUAUUGAUGGACCCCCUCCCCAAUAUCAAUAGAGUUUUCUCCCUCAUCAUGCAGAAAGAAAGACAGGAGAGACAAGAUUUGGGUGUUGCCAACCAGAAUCAAACUACUGAGACCAAGAUUCUGGCCAGUACUGUUGACAGGAACAACAACUGGAGGCAUGAUCAGACAUGGAAGGGCCAAGGGCGUGGAGUUGCUUCACGUGGUCAAGGAAGGGGAAGAGGGAGGAACCUCAACUAUGGAAAGCAAUGUUCUCACUGUAAUAAAAUGAACCAUACUGUGGAUGCGUGUUAUUCCAAGCACGGUUAUCCACCCUGGUAUAAGAAAACAGAUAGUAACCAAGACAUAAAGGAAGACUGGAGUUCUAUUAAUGCCUGCCAAAGCAAUUCAGACCCAGAAGGUAUUCAGUCUGCUCACCAGGCCAACACCAGUGCUGCCUUCAACUCCUUUACUCUUGAGCAAAUGCAAAAACUCCUCAAAAUGUUAAAGAAGGUUGAUGAACCCACUCACAAGGUCAACCAGAUGCAAAGAGAUAAUAUUGAUGACAAACGAGGUAUCUCUUCUUGGAUCCUUGACACCGGGGCCACAGAUCAUGUGACCCAUGAUAAAAGAAAUUUUGUUACUUUUCAUAAAAUCAAACCUAUCUCUAUUAGACUGCCUAAUAAUGCUAUUAUAACUGUUGAACAUGCAGGGACAGUUCAAUUUUCUAAAAUUUUUGUUAUCUUUAAUGUUCUAUACAUUCCUGAUUUUUGCUUUAAUCUCAUUUCUGUUCAAAGUCUCAUCAAAGACUUGAACUGCAGUAUGACUUUUUCCUCUGAGAUUUCUCAGAUAAGGGAGAAUUCUACGUUGAAGAUGAUUGGGUAUGCUAAUCUUUGCAAAGGACUCUAUCAUCUACAAGACUUUCCUAAUCCUGACCAAAGUUUUAUUUCCAAGUCUGCUUUUUCUUAUGAUCAUGUUGAUGUAAAUUUGUGGCACUAUAGGUUGCCUUCUCCUGUUCUUAAUAAUAAAACACCUUAUGAUCUGGCCCAUAAUGUUCCCCCUACUUAUUUGAAUCUUAAAGUCUUUGCUUCUACCCUUGAAAACAGCAGUAACAAACUUGAUCCGAGAGCUAGAAAAGGCAUUUUCCUUGGUUACAAAGGUGUUGUCAAAGUCUACAUUGUUCUUGACAUCAACACUAAGGAACUUUUCAUAAGCAGAAACUUUGUCUUCUAUGAAGACAUGUUUCCCUACAGAGACAAGGGUGGAAGUAGAGAAAUAGCAGACAAAGAGGCAGAUAGAACCACCUCUCUUGAUGAUCUCUUAGGUAGUCAUGACACUAUUAAUUAUGAGAGCCAUACUGAGAUGGAUACCAAUGAAAGGGAAAUGCAGCAGAUUGUUAAUGACAACAAUAAUAGUCACAGCACUAUUGAUAGUGAAGAAAAUCAUAACAAUGAAAGGGAAAUGCAGCAGAUUAUUAGUGACAACAAUAAUAGUCAUAACACUAUUGAUAGUAAAGAAAAUCAUAGCUGGAGAAGAUCCAACAGAGUUAGGAGGACUCCAAGAUAUCUGAGUGACUAUGUGCAUCAGGUUAAUCAAUCCUUGUCUAUAAAAAAUAGCUUUAAAACCCCUUAUCUCAUCUCUGAUCUAUUAUCCUAUGAUUCUUUGUCAGAAAAGCAUUUGAAGUAUACUAUGGUUGUCACUUCAAAUAAUGAGCCUCAGUCUUGCAAUGAGGCUAAAGACUCGAGUGAGUGGGCAGAAGCAAUGCAAAGAGAAAUCAGGGCCUUACAAGACAACAAUACUUGGUAUUUGACACAACUGCCCCCAAGAAAGAAAACCAUUGGUUGUAGAUGGGUAUACAAAAUCAAAUACAAGGCUGAUGGGACUAUAGAAAGAUACAAGGCCUACUUGGUAGCAAAAGGAUACACUCAACAAGAAGGGAUAGACUAUUUGGACACCUUUUCUCCUGUUGCUAAGCUUACUACUGUUAGAUUACUUAUUGCACUUACAGCCUAUAAUAAUUGGUUCUUGCAUCAACUUGAUGUGGACAAUGUCUUUCUACAUGGAGACCUAAAUGAAGAAGUCUACAUGGAGCCACCACCUGGUCUUAAUAUCCAUAAAGAGGGUCAGGUUUGCAGGCUUACUAAGUCGUUAUAUGGCCUAAAACAGGCCAAUAGGCAAUGGUUUGAAAAACUGUCUUCUUUCCUCAUCUUUGUUGAUUAUGUCCAAUCAAAAUCUGAUCAUUCUCUUUUUAUAAAAAGGACUUCUGUAGGUUUCACUGCUUUACUUGUCUAUGUAGAUGACAUCAUAGUAGCUGGGAACUAA